GGAUACUAAAUUGGAGUUGUCAGUUUUGAAUUGACGGGUGCAGACCGUAUGGCUAUGAAGUUGUUUAUUAUAGUCAUCCCAAUCAAGUAAAUUUUGACGGCUCCACCCGCGACCAUCGCACGUGAAGCCUCUUCGACUGUGGCCUGGCAAUCAAAGACUGAUGUUGAUCAAAAACAAUUAUCGUGCUUAUCAUUUCCUUCCUUGAUUCUUUGGUGAUGCCAUCCAUUUCUCGACUCCUUCAUAGCUACCGGUAGAGUGGCGCUUCGAGUUAUAGAUAUAGACUAAAGAGAGAUAUAUAGAUUCAUCAGAUAUGGCUAGCGUCCAGUUCGUAAGGUCCCUGCUGUGGACGGCGAUAUUCUCAGCGGUGUACGCGUGCCCGCCGUCUGAUAAGGCGGCGCUGCUGGCCUUGAAGAAUGGCCUCCGAGAAGCCAACUUGGGGAUAUUCAAGACGUGGAAUGGCGGAGACUGCUGCAAGGGGUGGUACGGAGUUAGCUGUGACCCGUCAACCCACCGAGUUGCUGAUAUCACCCUGCGAGGCGAAUCCGAAGACCCGAUUCUGGCAAACCAGACCGGUCACAUGACCGGUUCCAUCUCGCCGGAGAUCUGUAAACUCGAGUGGCUCUCCAGCCUCAUCAUCGCCGACUGGAAGGGUGUUUCUGGAACCAUCCCGGAGUGUAUCUCUUCUUUGUCGUACCUCCGGAUCAUCGACCUCAUCGGGAACCAGCUCUCCGGUCGGCUGCCGGCCGACAUAGGCCGGUUGAGCCGUCUCACGGUUCUAAACGUAGCGGAUAACACCCUCAAUGGCCAGAUUCCCCGCUCCAUCGCCAAUCUCACCUCCCUCAAGCACUUGGAUCUCCGGAACAACAGAUUUUCCGGCGGGAUCCCGAGAACAUUCGGGAGGUUGAGAAUGCUGAGCCGGGCUCUGCUUAGCCGGAACAGGCUCAUCGGUCCGAUUCCCAAUUCGGUUUCCUUCAUCUACCGGCUCGCGGAUUUAGAUCUCUCCAUGAACCGGCUCUCCGGCCCAAUCCCGGCUUCUCUGGGGACCAUGCCGGUUCUCGCCACACUAAACCUCGACGGGAACAGAUUUUCCGGCGACAUCCCGCCGACGUUGAUAGCCUCCGAUAUCAGCAUACUGAACUUGAGCCGCAACGCAAUUUCCGGGCACAUCCCGGACGCUUUUGUGCCUAAAUCUUACUUCAUGGUAAUGGAUUUAUCGUACAACAACCUGAGCGGGAACAUCCCGAGUUCGAUCAAAACGGCUUCUUUUAUCGGCCACUUCGACGUCAGCCACAACCACCUCUGCGGCCCGAUUCCUACCGGCCGGCCGUUCGAUCAACUAGAAGCGUCGUCUUUCAUUUUCAACGAUUGCCUCUGCGGGAUGCCGCUCAGAGCCUGUAAAUCAAGCUAAGAUUAAUUAUUGCUCAACCUAUGAUGGGCAAUAGUUUUCUGUGCCAAAUUUACUACUCCAUAUGUUGGUUUGAUUGCAAUUUGAACACAAUUCAAUUGAACUAAACUCUACUCCCCUUAACCAAAUGCUAGAGCAUUUCUCCAAUUUUGAGUUUUUUGUAAUAAAUCAUUUUUAAUCUUUAAUCUAUUAUUAAAUAAAAUAUAUAUUAUAUAUUAAUUAGAUAAAAUAAUAAUUUAAAAAUAUUUUAUACAAUAAAACUAGUUUUGUAUU